CCUGAGUCACCAAGUACUCCAGGAUCACCAAGCACACCUGAGUCACCAAGUACUCCAGGAUCACCAAGCACACCUGAGUCACCUAGUACUCCAGGAUCACCAAGCACUCCUGGAUCACCAAGCACACCCGAGUCACCCAGCACACCCGAGUCACCAAGCACUCCCGGAUCACCAAGCACACCCGAGUCACCAAGUACUCCAGGAUCACCAAGCACACCUGAAUCACCAAGCACUCCAGGAUCACCAAGCACACCUGAGUCACCAAGCACACCUGAAUCACCAAGCACACCUGGAUCACCAAGCACACCUGAGUCACCAAGUACUCCAGGAUCACCAAGCACACCUGGUUCACCAAGCACACCAUGUGAGCUUGUAAUGCUGCCUGAUACAAAUGAUAACAAAGUAUCCCCUAGACAAACUAGCUCUGCAAGUAGGAAUGCACUUCCACAAACCAUUACUCUUGCCAAUCCAAAUGAUGAAGACGUGAAACGUGUCACUGUUUCAGAAAAGCCUGCAUUUGUUUUGCAACCAACAGAUAAGGUAAUUUGCAAAAAGUUACACUGUUAACAUUCCAUGAUAUUUUAAGUUGCACAAUCAAUUGUUUAAGUCUUAAGAAUUAAACAAAAAACUUAAAAAAUUUUAUUGCCAUUAAAUUACAUAAUUCUAGUCAUACAAGAUAAUAUUUCAAUUAAAAAUUGUUCUGACUUUAUUUUUGAGCACUUUGUUUCUUUGUUUCAUAUUUUAGACAAAUCUAACACCAGAUUCUGUCAUUGUCUUUGAAGUUGGUAAGUUUCAGAUAACUUGUAUACAAAUCAUAGUUUUGAUAUCUUUUUUCCUGGCAUAAAUUCAUGUUUUUUAACGCAAAUUCUUUGAAUAUUUUAAAAACAAAUUUUUUUCAAAUGUUUCCUAUACUUAAUACUUGCUGAUAAUUGCUUAUUUUAAGUAUCUGAUUGAAAUAUUUUUCACAGUCACAGAUGGACCUGAAACAAGACUAAUACCAGAUGAGGUACAGAAAACUGUAGGUCAGUAAAUUAAAAUAUAUUCCUUUUCUUUAACAUUGGUACAUUCUUCUUUACAUUUGGAUUAAAUUUGAAUUGAAAGAUAUUUUAAAAUUUCUUGAAUUUAUAAAGCUUGUUUAUUUUUUGCUUUUGGAUGGUGCAAGAAACUAUUAUUUCUUUCAACAUGCAUUUCACUGUUUGCACAAAGGCAAUAAAAUGUGAUUUAAUAGCAAAUUUUUAAAAAGCUAUUUACUGACCCUUACAAAAAUAAUGAGGUAAUAUCGUUAUUUCACUUUCAAGUCAAAUAUUUACAUAUAGCAACUUAUGGAAACUUGUACAAUCUUUGUUUUCUUUUGUAGAUGAAACUGGGGGAGAUCUCUACGUAGUACCGGUAUAUGAUGAGAACAAGGAUGUAACAACAAAUUACUACAUAAUAGUACCUGAGAAAACUUCCAACAUCUCACCUCCUCAAGGGGCAACUGUUUAUGAAAAAACGGUAAAGAUUUUUCCCGAGUUUAUUAUUUCACAGAGUUCUCAUGAAAAAGUUUCUUUUAAAAAAAAAUCCUUUUUAACGAUUUUGCUUUUAGAUUUUAAAAACAUGUUUUAAAAUAGUCUGAUGCAAAUUUAAGACAUUUCUGUGUGAUAUAUUUAAUAUAAGAAAAAAGAACAAGAUCAUCAUGUAUCAUUGAGCUUACAUUAUAAUUAAAAUAAAAACAUUUUUGUUUGAUUAAAAGCCUCUUGUUUCUGGAGCGGACUUGACCCCAAGCCAAGGACCUUUGUUUGUUUUGACGAAUCUAGAGGCUAAAGUAGAAGUUGAGGUCUGCGCAGGUAAACAAAACAACUUAUUCAAGUUCAAAUAAUCAUUAAUCUUAUGUCAUCUAUAGGUAUUUUAAUUAUGGCCAGCACAAACUGGUACAAAAAUAUUCUCAAUGAUAAUAAAUCUUUACUUAAUUCCAUUAUAGGAACACCAGGUUCUCCAAGCACACCUGGAUCACCAAGCACUCCUGGAUCACCAAGCACACCCGAGUCACCUAGUACUCCAGGAUCACCAAGCACACCUGGAUCACCAAGCACUCCAGGAUCACCAAGCACACCUGAGUCACCAAGUACUCCAGGAUCACCAAGCACACCUGAGUCACCAAGUACUCCAGGAUCACCAAGCACUCCUGGAUCACCAAGCACACCCGAGUCACCAAGCACACCCGAGUCACCAAGUACUCCAGGAUCACCAAGCACACCUGAGUCACCUAGUACUCCAGGAUCACCAAGCACUCCAGGAUCACCAAGCACACCCGAGUCACCCAGCACACCCGAGUCACCAAGCACUCCCGGAUCACCAAGCACACCCGAGUCACCAAGCACUCCAGGAUCACCAAGCACACCUGAAUCACCAAGCACUCCAGGAUCACCAAGCACACCUGAGUCACCAAGCACACC